GCGAUUGAAAAUUACAUCUUUGAUUCCGGAACAAACGCGGAAAAGAAGAGGCGAAAUUGUUUUACUAACAAUGAAUUCAUCUUUUAAGUCUGACAGACAACACGGUAGUAUCCGCCCAUCAUUCAGCCUCGACAAACGUGCCUUCUUCGGCACCUUCGACCGAAAUGAACGGAACCGUGCACUACGCCAUGGUCGCCUUGUGGGAGAAAUCCGGCUGCAAGAUUAUCGCAGAUUAUUCCGUAGAUCCAAAUCCGAUCUAUCGUACUAUCGCUCUCUGUACUGUUGAUAGCCUAAGAAUCGUCGAAGACGACAAGAUCAGCAUCGACAGCAGUAGGUACACAGUACACGUGUUGAUUGGACAACUUCACUAUGUCUGUUUGACAUCGAAAGUGGACUGUCCUUCAUUAGCGAUAUGGGUGGAAUCGUGCUCUCAAAUAUUUCUGCAGAGGCUGCGGAGUAUCUAUAAAGAAUUACCAUUGGCGGAUCUGUCAAAAAACCUCUCCAAUCUCGCAGAAGAUGACCUCUCGAAACCGUUAAAGAAAAUAAUGGAAGAGUACAAUCAGGGUAUCGGUUGUAAAAAUCUGACCUCAAAACUAGAGGAAGAACUGGUUGAAAUACGACAAAUAUUGAUGAAUGGGGUUCAAAAGUUAAUUGAUAGGGGCGAAAGAUUGGAUGAACUCAUCAGAAAAACGCAGAAUCUCGAAAUUUCAUCGCGGGACUUCCACGUAGUGACAAGGACUCGACUAAAGAAAAACAGUAGCCUGAAAAUAGCAGUUGUAACAUCAGCCUUUAUGUUAGUGGCAGUGUCAUUCUUUAUAGCUUUGAUAUAUUGGUUUGAACUUUAUUGUAAUUCUUAUUCACAAGGCACAUUAAUGACUACUCGAACUAAAUAGAAAACUAAACUUUAAAUUACAUUAAGUGAGUAAUAAUUUAAAAAUAUAUUAUUAUGUUAGGAAAUAAUUAUCAACUACUGUUUUUUAUGCAUGUUUCAAUUAUUAUUAUCUUUAAAACUAGACUUAAAGAAUGUAAACAAUAAUAUGAAUAAAUAAGUGUAAAUAAAUAAAUAAUAAAUAA